UGCUGAUGUUGACACAAACCUAUUGAAACACCUCCUCACUGCUAAUAUUGAUCAGCCACGUGAUUUUAAAAAGUUCAAAGAUUUUUUUUAAGGAAGCAAUUGCAUGUCACUGUGCGAGUACGCGAGGGAGCAGUUGCAUUCCGAACAAAGGACGGUGCCCCAGGGGUUUGCCAGGUCGAGCUGCGUUCAUUCAUAGUCAAUGAAGGCAGCCCAUUCAAUACACUCAGAUCAGCCUUGAAGUGAAUGGCGGAGGAGAGUUCAGCGUCUGGAACUUACUGUGCAGAAACCUCCAGCCUUGGUGUUGCUGGUUUUGGGACAUCGGCGUGAGAUCCGAAGUUAGAUGCGAUGGCGACGAGGAAAGGAUUCACCCAGCAGGAGAUAAACAAGACGGUGUGGGAAGUGUUGGACCGAUAUACAGAGCUGAACCCUGUGGGCUCGGGAGCGUAUGGCACAGUUUGCUCAGCCAUUGACAAGCGAACCGGAGGCAAGGUGGCCAUCAAGAAACUGUACCGGCCCUUUCAGUCCGAGCUCUUCGCCAAACGGGCUUAUCGGGAACUGCGGUUGCUGAAGCACAUGAAACACGAGAACGUUAUUGGGCUGUUGGAUGUUUUUACACCGGAUCUGUCUUUGGAGAAAUUUCAUGAUCUUUAUUUGGUCAUGCCAUUUAUGGGAACAGACCUCAGCAAACUAAUGAAACAUGAGAGACUGACUGAAGAUCGGAUCCAGUUUCUGGUAUACCAAGUCUUAAAAGGCCUAAAGUACAUCCACUCUGCAGGGAUCAUUCACAGGGAUCUUAAACCCGGGAAUUUGGCAAUCAACGAAGACUGUGAGUUAAAGAUCCUGGACUUUGGAUUGGCAAGACACGCUGAUCAGGAGAUGACUGGUUACGUGGUUACCAGGUGGUACCGUGCCCCGGAGGUCAUACUUAACUGGAUGCAUUAUACUCAAACAGUGGAUAUCUGGUCUGUUGGCUGCAUUAUGGCAGAGAUGAUUACAACCCGACCUCUUUUUAAAGGCAUCGAUCAUCUAGAUCAACUGACAGAAAUAAUGAAAAUAACAGGUACACCGACUCAAGACUUUGUUCAGAAGCUGCAAAGUCAGGAUGCUAAAAAUUACAUCAAAAGCUUGCCGAGGGUCCCAAAGAAAGAUUUUAAAGCAGUGUUUGCAAAUGUAAAUCAAGUGGCUGUCAACCUUUUGGAAAUGAUGCUCGUGCUUGAUGCUGAGAAGCGAAUAACGGCUGCAGAGGCUUUGGCUCACCCGUACUUCGAGCAGUACCGAGAUCCCGAGGAAGAAACAGUGGCAAAAGUAUAUGACAAUAGUUUUGAUAACGUAGACCUCACCAUUGAAGAAUGGAAAUGUCAUACAUAUGAAGAAGUAGUUAACUUUAAGACUUCAGCAGCAGUACCAGAGUCGAAGGAAACUUCAGUGUAGCUCUGGAGUCAGAAUGACAGGACAAAUCAGGCGAAGUAUAUAUAUUUGUGCAGCAGGGAGCUGUGAAAACAUUAAUUUUAGAUCUUUUGUUUUUAGAAUAUUGGAAAAAAAUGUACAGUACUGUAAUUCUAUGCCUAUGGCCUCCAUUUCAAACACAGAGUAACUUCCAAGGUCGGACUAAUAUUACUGCGUAUCAACAUUUUCAAAAAGAUGCCUUUGGAGUUAUAACAUAUUUAAACAUUUAUAGAUUAGAUAUGUUGCUGUUUGAUAAAGUUAAUUUAGAAAAAUAAAAUCUUGUGUUUAUAGCAAACUUUCCACUAACUUUUACAGUUUUGAAUUUUAUCCUCACUGUUUUGAACUACAGAUUAAUUGGAAAUAAUAGAAGUUGUGAUCCCCUGUUAGUAGAAGGUGAUUUGUAGCAUAUUAACCACUUAUCAAUGGUUACGGGGAGUGGGGCUGAGGAGGGGAUGAAAUAGGAUCAGCCAUGAUUGAAUGGCCCAACAGACUCAAUGGGCCAAAUGGGCUAAUUCUGUUCCUGUCUCCUUAUGGGCUUAUAUUUUCAGCAUAGUUUUCUAAGCCUCAUUUGUAUAGAUACCAAAUAAUGUAUUUACAUUUUUGUCCAAUUAUGCUACUGUGAAGAGCCUUGGAAUGUUUUACCACAGUAUGUUGUAAGUUCGGUAUAAAUAUGAGUUGUAGUUAGUAGCAGGGGAUAGACAGUUCCAAUUUCAGCCUCUUGCCUACUCUAAUUCCAUGUUGUUUAACACCUUACAUUAGGAUUCUUCAGGUACCACUGGUAAGAUAAUAUAAAACUAUUAUCAACCUUUUAUUGAGUUGUUUAAAUUCCAACAUAAAAUCUGAACUAUUCAAAAUUCCAUUACGGGGGUUCCCAACCUGGGGUCCUUGCUUAAUGGUAUUGGUCUGUGGCAUAAAAAAUGUUGGGAACCCCUGCACUAUAACGACACAGGAACAUUCAUUAAAAGUAUAGAAUUCUACAUUAGUGUAGUGGUUAAUACGACACUAUUACAGUUUGGGUCUUAGGGAGUUCAUAGUUCAAUGUCCUCUGUAAGGAGUUUGUAUAUCUUCCCUGUGGAAUACGUGGGUUUCCUCUGGGUGCUCCGGUUUCCUCCCACAGUCCAAAGACAUACAGGAUAGUAGCCUAAUUGGUCGUUGUAAAUUGUCCUGUGAUUAGGCAAGGGUUAAAUGGGUGGGAUGCUGUGUGGUGUGGCUCAGUGUUAACUGAGUGAUAACAGGCCUGUUCCACACCGUAUCUCAAUAAAUAAAAUAAUCAUCAGAUAUUACAUUUUCAAAAUGCAAUGAUGAACAGACCUCAACAAUUUCUUUAUGGUGCAUACAGUACUGGUCAGAUCUUAUUCACAUUUCCUUUGCUUUCAAUAUUCCUGGUGAAUAGCUCCAUUUGUUAAACUGCCUUUCAAGUCCCAGUGAAGUUGACAGCAAAAACCCACUGUAUGACGUUCAAUACUUGUGUAUUCCUAUUGACUUUGUACGGAGGGAGGAACAGCGCUUUCUGUAAUGCAUCUGAAUCCAAUGUAUACAGGGCAAGCAACUGUGUACCAAGCCAGAAUACAGAACUGCUUACAAACCAUAUCUGUUCUAAACCUGGAAUUUUUAGUUCGAUAUCACAGAACAGUGGAUUCUGGUGAAUUGGGCCAUUGGUUAGUCAGGACAGCUGCUUAUUUGGGACAACUCUGAAAGGACAAUAACUAAUCAAGAAAAUAGCCGUUUAAUUGAGGCGGCAGACUGUUGCCGAACAGGUUCUAACAAGGGUCAGUCAUGCGCACACACAUGGCCGUUAGACACUACACACCAUGCUCCAAGUGAAUAGUGAGAGAAAAUUAAACGGUUUCACUAGUUCAACAAGGUAGGAACUACGAAGAAUUUGGUGGUGUUUAUAAUCAUUUUGAAUGUUACAAUGAAAAUGUAGAUUUGGAGGAUGCAAUCGAAUGAAUUCCUUUGUUGAUAACUAUUAGCAACUAAUACAUAGUUCUUAUAGUACUGUAGUACCAUUGGUAAUGUUCUAAAUUUGUUCUCUGUUUCAUUUAAAUACAUAAUUUUGGCUCAGUUUGGCUUUUUUUAUACCUUUUUAAUUAUUUUCAUAAACUUUCACUAAUUUGAUGGUUCCAUUUAAUAUCAGAGAAUGUAUACAAUAUACAACCCGAAAUUCUUACUCUCUGCAGAAAUCCUCAAAACAAAAGAAAACCUGCAAAGAAUGAAUGACAGUAAAAUUGUAAGAGCAUCAAAUCCCCCUUCCCCCCCCCCCACACAAAUGCAGCGGCAAGCAGCAUCAAUCCUCUCCAUCCCCCUCCCCCACUUAUUCUAGCAUAAAGCAUCAACAUUCCCCCCACCCACCAGGCAAGCAAGAGCAAAGCCCCCGAAGUCUACAGUACAUCAAAAACUAGCUGUUCACUCCAACAUCCCAAAGGCACUCUCAUUAACAAGGGAAAGACAGAUAUCGCUCCUUCCACGGCGAGAGGGUAGACCACAGUCACUAUUUUGAUGCUACAGUCAAUCUGAAGUGUUGCUUUUCAUUUUGAGUUCCCCGACUCAGAAAUCAGCAGCAAAUUCUCCCUCACUAUCGAGAGAGAGAGAGAGAGAGAGAUCGAUUAGUGAGAGCAGAGGAUUCCGACAGCCACUCUCAAUGCCUUCAAUGUUCCAGCUCCUGCUGUGCUUCAGUU